AACCGAGUCACACCUUCAAGACCAUCAGCACGAGCUCGUUCUUGAGCUAUUCUAAUGAGCGAUUCAAACGUCCUUGGUUCCCAUAUCGCUAAAUCUGACAAUACACGCCUGGAAAAACCAUCAUCGGUCUAGCCUCAGAUGACAAACAAUAAAUAUGCCUUAUCGCAUAAUAAGACAGUUGUUCAGAAAUGGUCGAUACAUAUUCCAAACAAUCUACAACAAACAAAACGUCAAAAUUUUGGAUAUAGUUCCUAAGCCGAAGGACGCAUAUAGUGCGAUUGAAAAACAAUCCUUUACGAACUACGAGGGCUUGCGAAAUGUCGGAUGUCAAAUUGGAUUGCAGGCCAGGAAGCUAUUUGUCGAUAAUGUACUUAAUAGAGUUACGAACUCUCUUGCAUCCGAUCUGAGGAGAAAGGCUACUAAGAGAUUAUUUUAUGGUGAUUCCCGUCCAUUUUUUGCCUUGGUUGGCGUGUCUUUAGCUUCAGGGUCAGGUCUUCUGACAAAAGAUGAUGAACUCGAAGGAGUUUGCUGGGAGAUCAGGGAAGCAGUUGCAAAACUGCGUUGGAACUACACAGAUCAAUACACAAUGCCAAAAGAUGAUAUCAAUUUGGACGACUUGGUAAUUGGACCACCGAUUGCAAAAGGAUGCUCAGCCGUAGUCUACUCUGCUAAAUAUAAAACACCUGUUAACAAUGGCUUUGAAACAUCACAAAACAUAAUAGAAAAUGAUGUCUCCAUGGCAGCAUCUAUAAUUUCAGACAACGGUAGUGAUGCAGCAUCCCAAACCUUAUCACCCUUCAGAGACAUGAGACUUUUACGUUGUCGCAAUGAUUCAUACAGAAACUCAGUCCCCAAUAUUAAUUUUCACACAUAUCGCAGAAAUUCUGUGGAUAUUUUAGUGGAUGAUGAGAAUAAGAAUGAUGCGUGCAAUGAGUCUGAAGAUUCGAUUUCUGUGAUUAAUUCUGAUGACAGUUUUGAAGUUUUAAGAAGUCCUGCAAAUGAGAAGGUUUAUGCAGUUGAUGAUAUGGGUAGUUUGGCUGAUUAUCCGAUUGCUGUUAAGAUGAUGUUUAAUUAUGAUAUACAGUCGUGUGCUACGGCUAUUUUUAAAGCUAUGCAGAGGGAGAUUUUGCCUGCUAGGAAGAAGUGCAGGGAACUGGAAGAUGGUUGGGAACAAUCAACGUUACCUCCUCAUCCGAAUAUUGUUCUGAUGUACAGUGUAUUUGCUGAUAGAAUUCCAACUGGUUUACCAUUAGCAGCCACUUUGUUUCCAUCAGCUUUACCACAAAGAAUUAACAGUGAUGGUUAUGGUAGAAAUAUGUCUUUGUUUCUGUUAAUGAAGAGAUACGAUUGCAGUCUUCAUGAUUAUCUUAGUAGUAAUAAAAUAUCAAUGAGGACGUCCAUAAUUUUGUUUGCUCAACUUUUGGAAGCAAUUGCCCAUUUAUCAGCUUAUGGAAUUGCACAUAGAGAUCUGAAAUCAGAUAAUAUAUUACUGGAGUUAAGCGAUGAUGACAGUGUACCUCCUUCAUUAGUUUUGAGCGAUUUUGGAUGUUGUCUUGCUGAUCCCAAAAGGGGUUUCUUAUUGCCGUACAACUCUAAUGAAAUUGAUAAAGGUGGUAAUAUAGCGCUUAUGGCUCCAGAAGUUAUAACACAAACGCCUAGCUCCUUUUCUGUCAUUAAUUACAGUAAAGCUGAUCUUUGGUCUUGCGGUACAAUUGCUUAUGAAAUUUUUGGCUCUACAAAUCCAUUUUACGCACGAGACGUCCCUAUUGAAAAGAGAUUAAGAAAUGUAACUUAUCGUGAUGAAGAUUUGCCUGCAAUUGAGAACGAAUCAAUUCCUGAGAUUAUACGAGCUCUUGUUGAGAAUAUAUUGAGGCGAGAACCUAGCAAGCGAUUGUCGCCAUCGAAUGCUGCAACUGUAAUGCAGCUAUUUUUGUGGGCUCCUUCUAACUGGCUUAAGAAUAAAGUUGUUCCUAACAGCACCGAGAUUCUCCAGUGGCUCUUAUGUCUAACAACCAAAAUCCUGUGCGAAGCAAGAAUCGGUCAAAACUUACCAUCUAGUUCCAAAAUUCCCAGAAGGGAAUCCACAUCAACCUUCAACGAAAAUACUACAAACAGUACAGGUAGACGAACCUUACCUGAAUACGUUUUAAUAUCAAGUUUCCUAUCACGAGCAAAAUUGCAUGAAAUCAAAAGAUCACUUGAAUGGAUUCACAACUUGUAAUAAUUAGUCAAAGAUUUGUGCUUAAUUUGUAAAUUGAAUUUAUCUUUAUUUAUUUAAAAUAUAUUAGAUUUAAUAAUGAAUAAUAAAGUUCAUUAUAUGCAGCCAUUAAUAUGGUGAUUUUAAUUUGAAAAAGUGUAUAAGCCAUGCACGUAAUAAGAAUAGAAAAAAGACUGCACUAA